CCUGCGUAAUCGCCUUUGUGAUCGCAAUUGACUACUACAGAUACCUUCUCAGGAAAUUACAGUCUUCCUUCUCCCAUAUCCCUAUUCGCCAUGAGUUGCUUAUCCUCCCUCCGCCCGCACAUCUUCCGCGCUGCGCGACAGCUACGACCACGAGCUCCCAUAUCCCACCCAAGCUACCUUCUAGCCGCCCACCGCCUCGCCUCCACUAAGCAAACCACGACAUUCAAAGCUCCUACCAGCGAAGACCUUACCGAGCUUCGGGAGCGCGUACAAGAAUUUACCCGCCGCGAGAUCCCCGAAGAAUUCGCCGCCCAGGUCGACAAGAGCAAUGAAUUCCCGUCCGAAAUGUGGGAAAAGAUGGGGUCCGCGGGCUUCCUGGGUAUCACGGCCGAGGAAGACUAUGGCGGUUUGGACAUGGGGUACCAGGCGCACUGCGUGGUGAUGGAGGAGCUCAGUCGUGCGAGUGCGAGCAUUGGCCUGUCGUAUGCUGCGCACUCGCAACUGUGUAUCAACCAGCUCACGCUGCAUGGAACGAAGGAGCAGAAGGAGCGGUGGCUGCCGGGACUAAUCUCUGGGGAGCUGGUAGGAGCCCUGGCGAUGAGUGAGCACUCCGCCGGCAGUGAUGUGGUUAGUAUGAGGAGUGGGCUCAAGAAAAGCGAUGGGGGUGGGUGGGUGCUCAACGGGACUAAGAUGUGGAUCACCAAUGGGCCGGAUGCAGACGUUGUCGUGGUGUACGCCAAAUCCGCACCGGACGCCGGCUCGAAGGGGAUAACCGCAACAAUAGUGGAGAAGGGCAUGAAAGGCUUCAGCAUCGCGCAGAAGCUAGACAAAUUAGGAAUGCGGGGCUCGAACACGGGAGAGUUAGUGUUCGAAGACGUGGAGAUCCCCGCUGAAAACCAGCUGGGCGAAGAGAAUAAGGGCGCUCGCGUCUUGAUGUCCGGGCUUGAUCUCGAGCGGCUGGUGCUGAGCGCUGGGCCUAUUGGCAUAAUGCAGAAAUGCCUCGACGUAACCCUCCCCUACGUCCAUGCACGCAAGCAAUUCGGCAUCCCAAUCGCACACAACCAAUUGAUCCAGGCGAAGCUAGCAGACAUGCACGUGAAGCUUGCGGCCGCACGGGCAUAUACCUAUGCGGCUGCGAGGUCCGUCGACGAGGGGACAAUCGAUACUCGCGAUUGUGCCGGAGCUAUCAUGUUCGCCUCUGAUAGAGCCGUCGAGUGUGCCCUCGACACCAUCCAGUGUAUGGGGGGGAAUGGCUACAUCAAUGAGAUCCCUGCCGGAAGACUGCUGAGAGACUCGAAGCUGUAUACCAUUGGCGCCGGCUCAACGGAGGUUCGCCAGAUCGUCAUUGGACGCUCGUUCAACAAAGAGUUUGCAUAGGGCCCUUGUAGUCUAGCUCAUAGUAGACAGGAAUAGAAAGAUACCUCGUCCCGAC